AUGGCUCCUACCUUUCGAAGUGCCUAUGCUGGGGGCUACAGCGACGAAAUCAAGAAACGACAACUCGAAGCCCUUCGUCAUGCCAUCCUCGCACAAGGUCAGAGAGUCGCUUUGGUCAAGAACAACACCAAAUGCCGUAUCUGCACUAGGAAUCAGACCGUCGAAUUGAGGUGCUGUGUUUGUGAUAAGAUCAAGGGCCUCGAUGACUUUGCCAAAACGCAGAGGCAGGAUCGGGAUACCGCGAGAUGCAUGAAUUGCGUACAGAGCCACGCUGAAGCCGCCCCGGUGCUCGAGGAACACAAGCUUUUGACUGAAACCGAGCCCUCCACUGCCUAUGACACGCGCACCACCAAUCCCUUUGAUGAACAUUCCUUGGUCGCAUCAACCAGGAAACUCACCCUGAGGAGUGUUCCCCUGAUUGCUUAUCGUGGUCUGGGACAGCCCGGAAAAGACGAGAAAAAUGAUGACGCUACUUUUGUUGCCGGCAGUGUAUCGGUUGAGCGGGUUCAGGAGAAUGCUGAGAUUUCUAAAGACCAGGGACCCCUAUUUUUUACUGCCUACGAUGCCCAAAGAGUUGCUCAUCAUCGCGCUGCCUCCCCCUCGGGUGCUCCCAAAUCAGUCCACACCGGGUGGGCUUCCUGGGGAGUGAGACCAGACGCCAACAGCCAGGAUGCUGAUCCCGAGAGGCUCACUUCGAAGAAAAGGGCCUCAAAAUUUGCAAAAGUUCCGGGUAAACGAUUUGAAAAACACGAGGCUCCCACCAUGCGUGUCCCAGAGCCCAGUGGUCAGACUAUGGACUCGGACGACGAGAAUGACGGCAACGACGGCGUCGAAGACUACCUUUAA